UCGCAGCACCACUCUCCGUGCCCAAGCAAACGAGACAAAAACCAUGGCUUUUCUCCUAGGCUACGGCAAGACGAGCUACACUCAUCAUCCCGAUCCUAUCUCUCUCCCCACCAAAUCUGGUUCCAAAACCACUCUCACCGACUUCGCUGCCUCGGCCAUCCCACCAUGUCACUUGAACCCUCUCCUUUUCAACGGACAUCUUCAGACCAUGAGGACAGCACUUAAGGAUGCCGGACCCCCAAUUUACUACAAACGUCAAAUUUUCAAGUCCCCCCAUUCUGUCUACCCGGGCGAGUUCGCUGUGGACUUUGUCGUGUCGCGCGAGGUGGGACAGGAAGCCAAGGAAGACCCCACGUUACCUGAGCGAACUACUUUCUACACAGAAGACGAGUUCACUUCGCUCGCUAGCGAUGACGAAGUUCCCAUGCUGGUCAGUCUGCACGGAUUGUCGGGAGGCAGCCAUGAAGUGUAUCUGCGCGAAGUUUUGGCGCCACUUGUGCCUCAAGGGUGGGCUGCGUGUGUCGUGAAUGGUCGCGGGUGUGCGCUCUCCAAGAUCACGUCUCCGCAUCUUUUCAACGCACGCUCGACGUGGGAUGUGCGGCAGACAAUCCGGUAUCUACGCGAGACGUUUCCGAACCGUCCGUUGUAUGCGGUGGGAUACUCGCUGGGGGCGAAUAUCCUGUCGAAUUAUGUUGGAGAGGAAGGGGAAGAGUGCGUCCUGAAGGCUGCCAUAGCCUGCUCGAAUCCAUGGAACUUGGAGGUGUGUGCGAAAGCGCUGCAAAGGACGUAUUUGGGGCUGGAGGUGUACAGUAGGGCUAUGGGGGGCAACCUACAGAAACUGUAUGAGCAACACAAAGAUAUGAUCGUGCAGAACCCGGCCAUCACAGACGAAAAGGUGCGGGCUUGCAAGUACAUAGGCGACUUUGAUCGGGUAGUCCAAGCACCAACAUGGGGAUAUCCCACCGAAGGCGCGUACUAUCGAGACGCUCAAUCCGCGGAUGCAGUCGUGGCUAUUAAGAUUCCUUUUCUUGCUAUCAACGCUACUGAUGACCCUAUAUCCCAUGUCGAAGGCAUUCCAUUCGCAGAAUUCCGACAAAACCCAUAUACCGUUCUGUGUACCACAAACUGGGGUGGCCACUUGAGCUGGUUCCAGUUGGGCGGUAAACGAUGGUUCGCUACAGCGAUAGUGAGCUUCCUUACAAAGAUGCACGAUGAGAUCGAUGUUAGCGCUCCUUUGCCUGGGAAAAAAGAGGCAGAUGCCAAGAUGGUGGAAAAGAAGUAUCCGAUUUUCGAUCCGAAGAAUCGUCGGUUGAUAUUGCCGGGUGCGUAG